GCUGAGAUAGGGUAACAAAAUGAACUACUGUAUGCAAGAAAUAUAUGAAGUGCACCCAGCAGCUGGUAGCAACUGCUACAUGCAGUCCACUGAUUAUUGCACAUAUAUCGAAGAAAAUCAGGGUUACGGCAGUUGUGAUGCUCAGGUCCUGCACAGUAACAACAUAUAUAUGGAACAGGCCUGGGCGGUGAAUCAGCCUUAUACCUGUAGUUACCCUGGAAACGUGUUUAAAAGCGAGUACUCUGACAUGGACAUGGCCCUGAAUCAGUACAACCAACCUGAAUAUUUCACCGAAGAAAAACCUACUUUUUCUCAAGUGCAGUCGCCAUCGUACUCUCAGAAGAAAGGGUAUAUACCCAGUUACUUAGACAAGGAUGAGCUAUGUGUAGUAUGUGGGGACAAAGCCACCGGAUAUCAUUAUCGCUGCAUCACUUGCGAAGGUUGCAAGGGUUUUUUUAGAAGAACCAUUCAAAAAAACCUCCAUCCAACCUAUUCCUGUAAAUAUGAAGGAAAAUGUGUGAUAGACAAAGUAACAAGAAAUCAGUGCCAGGAAUGUCGCUUCAAAAAAUGUAUCUUUGUUGGCAUGGCAACAGAUUUGGUGUUGGAUGACAGCAAGCGCUUGGCAAAGAGGAAGCUGAUAGAAGAAAACCGAGAGAAGAGACGUCGGGAGGAGCUGCAGAAAACAAUUGGGCACAAACCAGAGCCAACGGAUGAGGAAUGGGAGCUCAUCAAAAUUGUUACUGAAGCACACGUGGCCACCAAUGCACAAGGGAGCCACUGGAAGCAGAAAAGGAAAUUUCUGCCAGAAGAUAUUGGGCAGGCACCAAUAGUUAAUGCCCCAGAAGGUGGGAAAGUGGAUUUAGAAGCCUUCAGCCAGUUUACAAAAAUUAUCACACCAGCGAUUACAAGAGUGGUGGAUUUUGCCAAAAAGUUGCCUAUGUUUUGUGAGCUGCCAUGUGAAGACCAGAUCAUCCUUCUGAAAGGCUGCUGUAUGGAGAUAAUGUCCCUCCGAGCAGCAGUUCGCUAUGACCCCGAGAGUGAGACUUUAACACUAAAUGGGGAGAUGGCGGUGACAAGGGGCCAGCUGAAAAAUGGGGGUCUUGGCGUAGUGUCUGAUGCCAUUUUUGACCUGGGCAUGUCUCUCUCUUCAUUUAACCUGGAUGACACCGAGGUUGCCCUUCUUCAGGCUGUUCUACUCAUGUCAUCAGAUCGCCCAGGCCUUGUUUGCGUCGAGAGGAUAGAAAAGUGUCAAGAGGGCUUCCUCCUGGCAUUCGAACACUACAUUAAUUACAGAAAACACCACGUUGCACACUUUUGGCCAAAACUGCUGAUGAAAGUGACAGACCUGCGAAUGAUCGGAGCCUGCCAUGCCAGCCGCUUCCUGCACAUGAAGGUGGAGUGCCCCACAGAACUCUUCCCUCCGUUGUUCCUGGAAGUGUUUGAGGAUUAGAGAGACUGGAGGGGUUCUCCACGCCCCCGUCGCACUACUGGCUGUCAUUUCAUCCCGUUGCCCGGCUCUUCUCACCUCUGUUUGUUCUUCUUUCGUUCUCUUCUGUUUCUUGAGGCGGGGUUGGGGUUUUGUUUGGGUUUUCAUUUGGGGUUGCUGGGGGCAGUUGUAUACACAUGAGUGAAAACAUCCCUUUAAUGCGGGUACUUGUGACUAUUGCAAUUUGUUCUUCAGUCCUUUGAUGUGAA